CUCAUCGAGCAUGUCACGCGCUUCAACCACCCACACAAGCUACUGAGGAAAUGGCCGUGCGCUUUCUGUCCGCAACGAGAAGAUAUCACAUCGAUUUGUUCAGGUUAACACCGAGUGCAGUCAACAGGUCCGUCGUAGGCCUCUUCAGCACUGCAGCGGAACAUCGCAGUGCUGGUGAUGACUGCCAUGGUGACGAUGGAGAUGAUGACCAGAGUCACUCUGUGACACAUGUCAGGACCUUAGAGAUAAGAGCGAGAAAACUGGAAGAGCAGGUUCACGACCUCACGGAGAGAUACAAACGAGCCCUAGCUGACUCGGACAAUGUCAGAAGAAGAACACAGAAAUUUGUUGAGGACGCCAAACUAUUUGGGAUUCAGAGUUUCUGCCGUGACAUUGUGGAGGUGGCAGACCUGUUGGAGAAGGUUGAGGAGAGAGAUGAUGGAGUACAGCAGCUGACGCAAUACAUGGCACACAUACAGGGCCGGCUGCAGGACAUCUUCACCAAGCAUGGACUGGAGAAGAUGACACCCGUGGGAUCCACCUACGACCCAUAUCAGCAUGAAAUAGUCUGCCAUACUCCAGCGGAGGGAGUCGAGCCCGGCACCAUAGCCGUGGUGAAGCAGGACGGUUACAUGCUGCAUGGACGUACCAUUCGCCAUGCCCUUGUGGGUAUAGCUGUGAAGACGCAGGAGCACUGACAGGGCUUAAGUUCAGUCCUCUCCUGCUUAGAUUUUUUUUUUUACACUCUUAGUAUGUACGAUACCGUUGUUCUUACAUCUCUAGACAACUACAGAUUUGACUUACUCUUGGAAGUAAUGGUUAUUUAUGUAUUUAUAAAUGCUUUUUUUUGUUUUUCUAACCUGUAAUCUACACAGAUUAAUCAGGCUUUUUUGUUUUGUUUUGAACCCCGAAUUUACAGAAUGUCCAAUGCCCAUUUAAUGUUUGAAAAGAUUCAAUAUUGUCUUUUGUGUGUUGAAGACACUACAUUUGUAGUGGAAUAAGAAUUGUAGUGUUAAAUUGACCCGAAAAUUGCACUUUACACCCUUGUCAUAGUGGUUUCUGUAAAUGAUUAGUAGUUUUGGAGCUUAAUGACUUUCAUAAAAAAGUUAGUAACACUUUACAAUAAGAUUCUAUGUGUUUAACAGUAGGUAAUGAAGUAGGGGUCAAUUAACAGCCAUGUUUAAAGCAUGUAUUAAUCUUGAUUGUUAAUUUGAAUAUACUUUCAUUCUACUUCAUAUUAGUUAACUUUAAUUUUAACACAUAGAAUGUUAUUGUAAAGUUUUCAGAAAGUCUGUUGUUGUGAAAUGUGUCAUAUAAGUGUUAUAGGUCACCAGUACCCAAAACUAAUUCUAAAAGAUUUCUCUUUUGGAGGGGAGAAAUGCACAAAAGGUAAACAUGUAUCCAAAGUGGAAUUGAACUAAAUGUUAUUUGGGAGAUAAAAUGAACAUACAAAUAUUUAUAUGUAUUUAUUUUGUUUGUAACAGUUUGCCCUAAAAGUUUUUGUUUUUGUUUUGUUUUUGUAGCUGAGAAGAAAAACUGCAAGCUAUUUUCCUUUCAACUAAGGUUUUUACAGAAGUAUUCUUUGUAAAUGUUGUAGAUGAUUAGUUUUGAGUGUUUGUGUGCGAGGCGGAUGUUUUGACUGAAUAAAAUCUCAUCAUUUGUUCA